AUGGAUGAGGCUGAGCUGCCCUGGGCUCCUCAGGAGGAUGGCGUCCUCAUCACAACACUACUACCGAGUACUCGGGUGCCAAUUGACUGCGAAUUAGAGCCAGAUCUUGCUUGUCCCGCAACGACUCUUGACUCGAGAAAAGCAGCUCUUUCGGGUCCAAGCCGUCGUUGUGUGACAAAGCUGCAUGUGUUUGCUUCAUCUGCGGUCAGAAUACGACGACCUAGGUGUCCCCAGAACAACCCGGCCUCUCCCCGACCAGCAUCACCUCUGACCUCCGGUCCCGAUUCAGGCCCUGAUACCCCAUCCUCAAAACCCUCAUCGAAUGCCGCAGCCUCGGGAUCAAGCAUAGCCCGACCACUUUCGCCGCCAGGAGGACCUCGCGCUGCCAUUCGUCGACGUGCCGCAGCAGAUCACAAGGACAGUAUCAAGAAUGCGCGCCCUUCAUCGACAAGAGCCGCAGGCGCAGGAGGCAGCUCGGGCACAAUGCUGAGGUUAUACACCGAUGAGAGCCAGGGCUUCCGAGUAGACCCAGUGGUUGUGUUGGUACUGAGCCUGGGUUUUAUUAUGAGCGUGGUUGCAUUACACAUCAUUGCCAAGAUCACGAAGAGAUUUUCGUAA